AUGAAGCUGCUACUUUCGGCUCUAUUUGUCAUUUAUUUGGUGUUACCACUAAAAGGGUCAUCCUUGCCGAUCUCUGUUCAAGCAGCAGAGCAGGGCAGCAUAUCCUCUCCAGCCGUAUCUGCGACGAAGCGUUCAAUUGGCGAAGCUGACAAUGCUGCUGACGGCGAAACUACACUAAGAUGGUCUUACUACACUCCUUUUUCCGAGCUCGCCCCUCGACAGAAAGUCAUGGGUGUGAUUAAUGCUAUCGCUGUCCUGAGAACCAAAGCUUCCCUCCUCGAGGAAAUGAAACACGCAUUUGAACCAAGGACAACCCCCAAAAGUCCAGGAAUUGUCAAUGGUGGCUCGCUCCCUGGACCGGCGCUUGCAUACGGGGAUUGCCGCUUAGGGAUACUUCCGUUUGAAGUGUGCAGGCAUCUCGGCUUUCUUGACAGUGAUCCAAUGGUUGCUCCCAGCUCCACGCAGAGCAAAUUGCUGAGGCUGGUAGGAGCCAGCUCUCUCGUGGCGUCCUUCAAGAAGGGCCAAGUAUACUUCACUGACGACCCUCACCUGAACGCAGUCCUAGGACCUCAGCUUCUGGAUUAUGCAGUGAGAGCUCUGAGCUUGUUCUGGAAUUCCCAGCUCCUCAGCCCAGCUUUCGAUGCAAGAGGGGUAAACUCGGAACAGAUCAGGCAAGCAUUGUACUACGCUGACGCCUUCCUAUUCCAAACUGCAACACAAGCUAAACACAUCAUUCGUUUCAACCGGUCGGAGUACGACGAUGUAGCGAGUUGGCUGGCACUGCUAUUCUCGGACGCCGAGCCAAACGCUAGUGCUCACCGAGAAGAGGAACCCCAGCCAGUGGAAGAAGAUGAUGGUAGAAAGCCCUCAGGGGAAGCAGCAGCGAAUCGGGAGGGUAAGCAAGAAGCCGGUACUGUCAGGCCAAAAGCAGAAGCGAAUGCGAAAGGUAAGGAAGAAGCCGUUACUCUCAGGUCAGCUGAAACACCUGCUCCAGUGCCCUCUGGCCAGAAGGAAGAAGAAGGUGGAAUGUUCGGUGGCUUUCUCAGCCGAUUGUUCACCUCACAGUCAUCCAAACCCUCUCAGUCCCCUGCCUCGCCACCAGUCCAACAGUCGACACAACCAAAGAACGCAGAACAGGAAACAUCACCAAUGAGUUCUUUCUCCGCUUUUGCCAGCUCUGUCGGCGAAGGCCUGACAUCAAUCGUGACUAGUACAGCCCGAGGUGCUGCUAAGCUCGUCCAAGGAGAAACCCCUUCUGCUCCUUCUUCGGGGCCCAAAGAAUCCAUUGUUGAUAAGGUGACUGAGGAGCGCGUCAGCAGCAUCUUAGACGCACUUCCCGAAAAGGUACAUGGCCAGUUCCGAUGA